AUGUCCGCUAUUGCCCAGAAAAUUCUUGUCGUGGGUGGUAAUGGGUUCGUCGGUUCUGCGGUGUGCAAGGCUGCUCUUGCGCGGGGUAUGGGCGUCACCAGUAUUAGUUCAUCUGGGUCACCUUACCACACCCCAAAAGGCCAUACCCCAGACUGGGUGGAGAAGGUAGAAUGGCGAAAAGCUGACGCCAUGAAUCCCGACACAUAUGCUGAUAUUCUACCUGGCGUCAACGCAGUCGUGCACACCAUAGGCACGUUGCUCGAUAAUACACGACGCAAUACACUGUUUCACAACAAGGACUAUGUGGGCUUGCUCAAGUCUAUCAUGGGGAUCACACCGGUCGAGGCACGUCAUCUGGGAGGCUACGACAAACUUAAUCGCGAUACUGCCAUUCGUAUGUGCGAGGCGUUCGCCGCCAGUAAACCCAGCCAAGGAAUGACGGAUGUUCGCCCGUUCGUCUACGUUUCUGCGGAGGACUUUCACAGGCCUGCUAUAUCGGUGCGAUACAUAGAGACCAAACUGGAGGCCGAGAGGAAAAUCGACCAGAUCAUGAAAGAGCAUCCACAGUAUCGAGCAGUGCACGUUCGGCCUUCCAUGAUAUACGACCCCGAGACCAGGCCGAUGACCAUUCCGGCCAAUCUCUUUACCUUCUCGGCGUGGAUGCACGCAGCUAUGCCGUCCUUUGUACCGAUGCCAGCGUCCGUCAUCCGCUGGCUUGGCACAAGUGUGUUCCCCAAAGCGACCGAGCAGACGCCUUCUGCGUUGGUAUCUAUUGCCACGCUGCUGAGCGUCCCACCAAUUCAGGUCGACCAUUUGGGGGAAGCUAUCUGCGCUUCGCUGGAUCCUGCUAAAAACGUGAGGGGACCUGUGGGCGUACGCGCUAUGAGGGAGCUGAUUGGAUGGUCGAAAGGGGGG